AUGGAAAGGUGGAAAGGAUAUUUCAAGGAACUUAUGAAUAUUGCUAUUCGCAAAGAUUUCCUUCCCGAUAUGGAGCCAAACAUAAGCAAAGGAGACCCUCUGGAGGAAUGUGGUAAUUACAGAGGUAUCAAGCUAACUUGCCACUCCUUGAAACUUAUGGAAAGGAUCUUAGUAACAAGGCUGAAGAACGAGGUGGAAAUAUCGGCUAACCAAUUCGGAUUUGUGGCUAGCAAAUCCACGAUCGAUCCGAUCUUCGCACUAAGACAAAUGAUGGAUAAAUAUGGAGAAAAGAAAAGAAACAUACAUAUGUUCUUGAUUGACUUGGAGAAAGCUUAUGACACGGUCCCUCGCAAUUUAAUAUGGUGGUGCUUGAGAAAACAAAAUAUCCCUGACGCAUAUUUACGGCUUAUGAAAAAUAUCUAUGAAGCCUUAACUUCUUGCGUUAGAACGACAGAUUUAAAAGCCAUCUGGUGUAUGCUAUAUGCCGAUGAUAUAGUACUAUGCGAAGAGACAAAGGAGAAAGUAUUCGAAGAAGUCGAAAAGUGUUCAAAACGCUUAGCUAGAUAUGGUUUAAAGGUCAAUAAUCGAAAAACGGUAUACAUGGAGAUGAACGUUACAGGCACCCCAUCGCUGGAUGAUAAAUUAAAGUAUCCAAAAGUAGACAGGUUUAUUUACCUAGGCUCGAUGCUACAUCAAGAGGGAGCUUGCGGGCUUUAUUGCGGAACGCCAUUCCUGUUAGAUGAACCAAACGACAAUUCGGUGAAUAUGGGACUUCAUAAAAAUUACGGGGCAGAAUUGGGAGUGUUCACCUGA